AUACACGAUAGAUACACCCAUAGAUACACACAUCACAUUCCCGCAAGAAUGAAAGUUAAGAUAGAUAGAAGAAAAACAAAUAAGCACUUUCAUGAAUAAUCGAUUAUCAAUUCCGUUCUUCUUCUCGUAACUAAUUCUUACUUCUCACGAGAAUUAGUUUGAAUUCUUAUCAUGCGCACUCUCUCAUUACCAUCACCAUGUCUAUCUUCUUCUUGUUGUUCUUCUCUUCACAUCAACAAUUCCAAUUCCAGCUUCCGUUUUCGCUUAUUCUCUUCUUCACCGAUUUCGUCUUCUAUCUUUCUAACACCGCAUUCUUCUCUCAAACAAACCAAAAAACAACCUACUAAGAUCAGUAAUACUAGUCCGUCGCGGUUAAAGCGUUUGUUUAACUCCAAAGGGGAAGAUGAUAAGAGGGAUGUUGGGAAGAACAGAAGAAGAGAAUCUGAAUCUGACAAACGGGGGAAGGAUGAUGAUGAUGAUGAUGAUGGUAGUACUGCUUUGAAGGGUACAAUUUUGGCUGGUGUUUUGCUUGUUGGUUUUGUUGGGGGUUUUGCUUCCGUUGGUUAUUUCUACAGAGAACCUAUUAAUUCUUUCUUGAAUCAGUUCUCUGGCUUCAUUGAAGGUUAUGGUUCAGCUGGAUAUGCAUUAUUUGUAGCUGUUUAUGCUGGAUUGGAGAUCCUUGCUAUUCCUGCCAUUCCCUUAACCAUGUCAGCUGGACUUCUUUUUGGAUCUCUUACUGGCACUAUCAUAGUCUCUAUCAGUGGAACAGUGGCGGCUAGUGUUGCUUUUCUAAUUGCAAGAUAUUUUGCUCGCGAGCGCAUUCUAAAACUAGUGGAAGGAAACAAGAAGUUUCUUGCUAUUGACAAAGCAAUCGGAGAAAAUGGCUUCAAGGUUGUGACCCUGCUUCGCUUGAGCCCGUUGCUGCCAUUUUCUUUGGGGAAUUAUUUAUAUGGAUUGACAUCUGUUAAGUUUCUUCCGUAUGUACUGGGAAGUUGGUUGGGGAUGCUUCCAGGAACAUGGGCUUAUGUUAGUGCAGGUGCUUUUGGAAGAGCAAUAAUCCAAGAAGAAUCUGAACUUAGUGCACUUGGAGGAAACAAUCAGCUACUGACCCUUGGGCUUGGAUUAUUUGUCACUGCCUUAGCUGCUACAUAUGUCACGAAACUUGCAAAGGAUGCUGUCAAAGACAUCGACGACUAGACCCAGUAGAGGGUAGAAAGUAGAGGUAGCCGAUGCGCAUUUGCAAACGAGGGCAGGUCCAUAUGACUGGAUUGGGGGAACUGAUAUCUGAGUAAACAAUAAAUAUAAAAAAUGAUGAUGAAAGAGAAUCAAGAAAAAUGGUAGACCCAACAUGCCCCCCUGUAAAUUACAAUAUUCUUAUUGAUUAGAAUUUGGUAGGAUCAUUUUGUUCCUUUUGCAAAGCUCCCUUAAAUUGAAACAAUGUUGCAAUUCAAGUGUAAGUGUUGGUUAGUCUCACGUUGGUUAGAAAGAUCUUAAUGUUUGGGCUGAAAUAAUGAAAAUCAACAAAGGUACGCAAAAAUGGGCCAGGAAAGUAUGAGAAAACUGACGGUACUCAUGUAUUAUUUUUCUCAAAAUAAAUUAUUUUUGAUUUUAUAUUAUCAUUC